GCCCGACGUGCGCUCCGCCCGCGGUCGCCGGGAUAUCGAGAUGGCGGCCCCCAGGAGCUGCGGUCUGUGGCGCUCCUGCUGCCGCGGGUGGUCGCGGGCGGCGGCGGGAGGCUGCGGGCUGCCCCGGUUUCAUCGGUCCCGGCCCGGAGCCACGCUGAGUGCGCGGUCCUUGUCCCAGGAGAAGCGGGCCGCGGAGACGCACUUCGGGUUCGAGACUGUGUCGGAGGAGGAGAAAGGCGGCAAAGUCUACCAGGUGUUUGAGAGUGUAGCCAAGAAGUAUGACGUGAUGAAUGACAUGAUGAGUCUCGGCAUCCAUCGUGCUUGGAAAGAUUUGCUGCUCAAGAAAAUGCACCCAUUGCCUGGGACCCAGCUGCUGGAUGUGGCUGGCGGCACAGGUGACAUUGCGUUCCGGUUCCUUAGGUAUGUUCAGGCUCAGCAUCAGAGGAAACGGAAGAGGCAGUUACGGGCUCAGCAAAAUUUAUCCUGGGAAGAAAUUGCCAAAAAGUACCAGCAUGAAGAGGAUCCCUUGGGUGGUUCGCUUGUCAUAGUCUGUGACAUCAACAGGGAGAUGCUAAAGGUUGGACAGCAGAAAGCCCUGGACCAAGGACACACGGCGGGACUUGCAUGGGUACUGGGAGAUGCUGAAGAACUGCCCUUUGAUGAUGACAAAUUUGAUGUGUACACCAUUGCUUUUGGGAUCCGGAAUGUCACACACAUUGACCGGGCACUCCAAGAAGCCCAUCGCGUCCUAAAGCCAGGAGGACGGUUUCUCUGUCUGGAGUUUAGCCAAGUGAAUGAUCCCCUCAUAUCCAGGCUUUAUGAUCUGUACAGUUUCCAGGUCAUCCCUGUCAUUGGUGAGGUCAUUGCAGGAGACUGGAAGUCCUAUCAAUACCUUGUGGAAAGUAUUCGGAAGUUCCCAAAUCAGGAAGAGUUCAAGGAGAUGAUUGAAGCUGCAGGCUUUCAGAAGGUGACCUACGAAAGCCUGACCUCAGGGAUCGUGGCCAUUCACUCUGGCUUUAAACUUUAGCUCCUUUCUGUUGUGCAGCACCAACAGUCAUUUCUGCUGAGGCCUGGAACUGGAAGAUGGACUUCCUGAUGAGCCUGGCUGAGCAUCUGCUUCCUCUUAUGGCUGUCAAACCUUGGAUUCAUGAUCUGCGUUGACCAGUCUCAAAAAGGCAGAUACAAACCCUGCCAUGUUUUGCAGCUCUCAGUAGUAGCUGCCCAGACCACUGAGGCCUUGUCCCAGAAAUGUCUGGCCUGGCUUUGCUGAACUCCUGCUAACACUUGGCUGUGCGGUGUGGAGUCAGGCAAAACCAGCACUCCCCAGUUCUGAAGCUUCUUGGAGCUUCUCUAUCACAGACGCCUUCCAGAGGGAUAAUGAUCACUGGAAGCCGAGGAUGGUUUGAACCAGCCCUUCAGACUAGAACUGAAUCUAGGGCCAAAAGACCAGGUCCAAGUCAGAACGCUGACAAUAUGAGAACCGGGGGCUGAGGAUGCAGCUCAGUGCAGAGCACAUGCUUAUGGACUGUUGAGGGCCUGGGUUUGGUUCUCAUCACCAGCAGCAAACAAACAAAAGUAGAAUGUUGUGAAGCAGUAAAGUUUACAGUUUGGGUGGUAUCUGCUGCUCUUUCUUGGAGGAGGUGAUACAGAUGCAGUGUGUGUCAUUGUGCUUUUAUUAGUCCUCAUCACCAAGACGCCAUCCUCAGUGUCCGUCAUCAAGAAAGCCACUGCUCAGCCUUGGCAAACAGAGCUUGUCAGAGUAUAUGUAUACAUGUUUAUAAUGAGAAGAAAGAGAGAGAGGAAAGGGAGUGGGGAAGGAAAUGAUAAUAGGGUUGGUUCCCAGCACCCACAUGAUAGUUCACAACCAUCUGUAACUCAUGCCUGGGGAACCCAGUGCCCUCUUUUGACCUCUGUGGGCACUGUGCACACACGUACAUGCAAGCAGUGAUACACAUAAGCAGUAAAAUAAAGAAUACAUAAACUAUGA